AUGGCGGGCGGAGCGCGGCGCCUGUACCGCCGCAUCCUGCAGCUGCACCGUGCUCUGCCGCCCGCCCUGCGCGACCUGGGCGACCGCUACGUGAAGGAGGAGUUCCGGAGGCACAGGGCGGCCGGGCCCGCCGAGGCCCAGCGCUUCCUGCGGGAAUGGGAGAACUAUGCAGCACUGAUCCAGCAACAAAUUGAGGACAAACAAAACUUGAGAGAAAAGGCUGUAUAUGGAAUUCAGCUCACAGAAGAAAAACUUAAUGACUUCCGUGAUGAGCAGAUUGGGCAGCUGAAGGAACUGAUGGACGAGGCUACCAAACCUCAUAAAAAAAUCACAAUUUCUAAAGACUCAGAAUACAAAACCUAAAAGAUUAAAAGAAUUAUUUUGAUGCAUAUUGCAACCAUUUUGAAGCUUUUUCCAGUUGUACUUGAAUGUGGUUUCUGUGAGAUAAUGGACGCUGCUGAUGCUAUAACUUGUCUGAAGUGGAUGUGUUUGGCUUUCUGUGCAAAAACAAAUGGAAAAAUGGAAUAAUCACAGUUUUUUGUUAAUUACCUUAUUUUUUCUCCUUUUUGUUUUUUCCUUCCUAAUGGAUGUUGAAGACUGAAAGAAUUUGGGGAAAGUAAAUUGACAUUUUUAAAAUAUGGAGUUGUUAGUUUUGGAGUUGUUUUGUAAUCUUGGCACCUACAGGGCAAAACAUCUUUCUGUUUGCUUAUCAUCCUCUUCCUUAAUGCAAAAGAUGCUAUUAGCAUUUAUUUUCUGGUCAAUAUUCAGUAGACAAAGGAAUGGUACUAAAGUGGGUUUGUUUUGGAAAGAAAUGAGCAGUAUUAGAAAAGCAUACUGCUGGUGAAAUUGGAAGUUGAUUUUUGUCUUGAGCUUUAUUGUGAAAUGGACUUUAAAAUAAAUGAUGUAGCUCAUUAUUAAAUUAACCUUGAAUCACUCUUA